UUGAGCGACAGCCCAUCAUCCGCCGUCACUUGAUUCUUUCUUCUUCCUCCCUCUUUCUUUCUCUUCGACUGAAACCUCAAUCGAGAUCCAAUCCCAAAAUCCCCAGAACCCUAACCCUAAUUCCACCAAAUGUUCUCCCAAUUCGGAUCAACAGCAGAGAGCUUCAGCAAAGCUUCAUCCCUCGUCCUCAGGAUCGGCACCGAUGCCCACCUCUACGACGAUCCCGAUGACGUCAACAUCGCCCCGCUCCUCGACAGCAGGUUCGACACAGAGAAGGUCGAGGCCCUGAAGCGCCUCCUUGCUUUGAUCGCCCAGGGCGCUGACGUGUCCAACUUCUUCCCUCAGGUUGUGAAGAAUGUGGCGUCUCAGUCGUUGGAAGUGAAGAAGCUCGUUUACCUGUAUCUGCUUCAUUAUGCUGAGAAGCGUCCUAAUGAAGCUUUGCUUUCAAUCAACUGUUUCCAAAAGGAUCUAUCAGACACAAACCCGUUAGUGCGUGCAUAUGCCUUGCGUGCUAUGGCAGGCAUCCGUUUACAUGUAGUGGCUCCUCUUGUUCUAGCUGCCAUUGGGAAGUGUGCCAGAGAUCCAUCUCCAUAUGUUAGAAAAUGUGCUGCUCAUGCACUUACCAAGUUAGAUGACUUACACCUAGAAGAAAAUACUUCUGCACUCGAGGAGCUUGUUGGAUUCAUGUUAAGUGACAAUUCUCCCGCAGUUGUUGGAGCUGCUGCCAUCGCCUUUAAAUCUGUCUGUCCAAGCAAUCUAGCACUGAUAGGAAAAAACUUUAGAAAGUUGUGUGAGACCCUUCCAGAUGUUGAAGAAUGGGGUCAGAUAGUCUUGAUUGAAAUUCUUUUACGAUAUGUUGUAGCUAAGCAUGGAUUAGUCAGAGAGUCCAUUAUGUGCAACUCUCAGCUUGAGAAGGAUUCUGGUGAUGUAUCUCACAUGUUUGAAAGUAAUGAUAACAGUACUGGUGGUUCUAGAGAGAGUGAUGGGGGUGAUGCCGAGUACAAGCUAAAUCUGUUAAUGUACAGAUCCUAUAUUGAUGGACAUGAAGAGCUUUUAUCAGAGUCUUGUAACAUAAAUGGUGACGAUGGGCUGCUGAACUGCGGACAGACUUCUAGCCAAAAUGAUGAUGUGAGGAUUUUAGUGAGAUGCACAUCACCUCUUCUUUGGAGUCAGAAUAGCGCGGUUGUACUCGCAGCUUCUGGGGUGCACUGGAUUAUGGCUGCAAGGGAGGAAGUCAGUAAGAUUGUUAAGCCACUUCUGUUUGUUCUAAGGUCAUCUCAGGCCUCAAGAUAUGUGGUGCUUUGUAACAUACAGAUGUUCGCUAAGGCAAUUCCUUCACUUUUUGCUCCUUAUUUUGAAGAUUUCUUCGUUUUUAGCUCUGAUUCAUAUCAGAUGAGAGCUUUAAAGCUUGAUAUACUAUCUACCAUUGUCACAGAAGUUUCUGUUCGGGCCAUUUUUGAUGAAUUCCAGGAUUACAUCAGAGACCCAGACAGGAGAUUUGUUGCUGAUACAGUUGCUGCAAUCGGGUUAUGUGCCCAAAAAUUGCCUUCUGUGGCUAACGUAUGUCUGGAAGGGCUCUUGACUCUGACAGUGCAAGGCCAGAUAAAUGGGGAAACGGAGGUUUUGGUUCAGGCACUCAUGUCAAUCAAAGCUAUUAUAAAGCAGAAUCCGGUUUGUCAUGAGAAAACAAUUGUCCAGUUAGUACGCAAUUUGGACAUAAUCAAUGAACCUGCAGCUCGUGCAUUGAUUGUUUGGAUUAUGGGAGAGUACUGUUCCAUUGGCCAGAUUAUUCCCAAAGUUAUACCCACUUUACUUCAGUAUCUUGCACAUUGCUUCACUUCGGAGGAGCUUGAUACAAAACAUCAGAUUCUAAAUACUACUGCUAAGGUUGUAUUAUCUUCCCGAGAGGAAAACUUAUGGAUGUCCAAAAAGAUACUAAGCUAUAUAGUUGAAUUGGCGAAAUAUGAUCCUGAUCAUGAUGUUCGUGACCGUGCUCGGAUUUUCGAGAAACUUAUACUCCGUCAUACAAACUCGCCAACACAGGAGGAAGGCACCUCGUUCCUGCAGUCAAGCGGAGAAAUACAUCCUGAAGUUGUGACAAAGCUAUUUAGUAAAGGGAUACCCAAAGUGAUACGCGUCAGCGAUAAUAGUCGGAUUUAUCUUCCUGGGUCACUUUCGCAAAUAGUCCUUCAUGCAGCUCCGGGGUAUGGACCGCUUCCAAAGCCUUGCAGUGUGCGUGAUGAAGACCUGAAUGCCUACUCCAAUACAAAUGUGUCAACUGAAGAUAUUGAUGAUGGCAAUUCUUCUGACACCAAUGAUCCUGAAAUAUCCUCUGGCUCUUCCUUUGAAGAAAGCGGUUCAAUUUAUGAUUCCGAGCAUUCUAAUGUCAGCUCAGUUAGCAGCAAGGAUUCUAGGCUUGCAAGUGAUUCAAAUGGUUAUGGUCAUACCGAUUCUUUAUUGUCUAUGAAAGACACAGUAAUACCUCCUCUGGAUGAUGCUGGUGUUCUCCGUAAUCAAAAGAGUCAAAGUGCCGCAGAAAAUAUUUCUUCAUCCUUUUCUUUGGGUUUGGCAGAAAUAAUGUCUAAGUCAGCAUUGGAAUCAUGGUUAGGUGAGCAAUCUAGCACAUCAUCAGAACAAAAGUCACAACAAUUGUCUUUGGCAAGAGUUUCUAUCAAUGAUCUUCAUUGUAUUAUUAAGCCUAUAUCGCGCACGCUUCUUGAUCCUGCUAAUGGAAAUGGCUUGAAGCUAGAAUAUUCCUUCUCAUCAGAAGUUUCAAGCAUAUCACCCUUGCUAGUGCUUGUUGAAGUAUUCUUUAGCAACCAGUCUACUGAACAGUUAAAAAAUAUUUCUUUGAAAGAUGAUGAGUCUGAUGGAACUGUGGAAUCUGCAAAUGUUUUGUUGGAAAAGCCUGAAAGUGAGCUGCCAAAAAUUCUGCCUGUGGAAGAGAUUGCAGCUUUAAAUCCGGGUCAGAAUGCAAAGAGAAUGCUGCAUGUUCGAUUCCUUCAUCACUUGUUACCUAUAAAGUUAGCUGUAUUCUGCAAUGGGAAAAAGUAUUCCACUAAAUUAUGGCCAGAGAUUGGUUAUUUUAUGAAACCUCUUUCAAUGAAUUUAGAAUCCUUUACCGAUAAGGAAUCUCAGUUACGGGGAAUGUUUGAGUAUUCUAGAAGUUGCAAAUUUGUGGACCAUGUUGGAGAGCUUAAUCAGGAGAAUCAGAGUUCAAUUCAAGAUGACAAAAUUCUCAUCGUCUCUCGGUGUCUUGCGGCAAAAGUUUUCAGUAAUGCGAAUCUUUACCUUUUGUCUACAGAUGUUCCUGUUUCUUUCAAUAUAGAUGACGCAUCAGGUUUACGCUUGAGAUUCAGUGGUGAAAUCUUAAGCAGCUCAAGACCAUGCCUGAUAACUCUAUUCAUUGAAGGAAAAUGCAUCGAACCAUUAAAUGUCACAGUGAAAAUCAAUUGUGAAGAAACAACAUUUGGCCUUAAUUUGUUAAACAAACUUGUUGCACUUCUAAAUUGAACAUUCUGAUUACAUUUAGCUCAAGGUCUGAUAACUUGUGUGGUGAAUUUCUUUUGCUAAGUUUUGCAAGCGUAAUGAUUGUAAAAAUUCCACGCGGUGGAUGGAAUGUUAUACUAGUUAGCUAUAUAAGGCGAAAACUU